AUGGAGACCUCUUUAACCCAGCCUCCGGGAGAGCCGCGCAAUGGGAUUACUCUACACAUUCUGUGCCAGUCUCUACCACCUCCAAAUCGGUUUACUCUCAAAGAUGUCUCACUAUCGACAACAAUUGCCCAGCUGAAGGGGCGGAUCGAAAAGGAUUUCCCUGGAAAUCCUCAGUCAUCGACUCAGAGAUUGAUAUAUCGAGGAAAGCCCCUCAGGGCCGAAGACGCCGCACUAAGUACCAUAAUAGCAAUAGGAGAGGUAGGUGCACAAUCUCCAAUCUCUCACAUGGUAUUGGUUUUAAUGAAAGCUCUGCAGGAGUUCAAUGACAGCGAUAGUAUACAUCUUGUCUUGCCACCCGAGCCCGCCAGAAUAGAGAAACCUCCGGUGGCCCCGAGCACCUCGCAUGCCUCACUCGCAGACCUUGUAUCUCAAAGCUCUGCUCAAGUAUCCAACACGGCUGGCCAGUUGGGUACUCAUUCAUCGGAGCCGCCAACAAAUGCUCCAUCUAUUACUAACCUCGUCAGGCCUUCCCUUGGCACCGCGACUCCUCCAUACAGCGCUCUUCAGCAAAUUAUCAAUAACUCAUCACAGGGUCAGCCUUGGCCCAACCCACAUAUAUCAGAAGCGGAUGGUGCAGAGUUCUAUCCGCGAGUGCGCAUGAUUCGCAGCCAAGUUGAACUCAUAGAACGGCAAUUAGACCAGCUUACCGUGCCACCCAUGGAGCUUAUCAUCGACAUUCGCACCCAGCUGUUUGAAAUCCAAGACACGCGCUACGAAAGACGUGUUCCUUCCCCCGGAGUCAAUGAGUUAUUGACGCGUAUCCUCGCUGCCCAAGGACGAGCUCGUCUGUUAGAAUACAGAUCGCGGCAGCGGCCCUCCCAAGCCAGUGCAUCAAUGGAGUCUUCAAAUGCUUCAGGCUCAGCCGAAACGGACGCAGAGAUCUCGUCUUUUUACGUGCUAUCUUCACCAAGCGGGGAACAAAGCCUCAUCUACAGGCCACCAGCGCUCAACCCACGGUUUUCUACAGUACAGCCGCCGUUCCCUACCCGCACAAUUCCAGGCGGUGAUCCAGCUGCGGCACAACCAAACCCCAAUGCAGCAAUUGUGCAAAACGUCGUGCGUCAAGCAAUGCUCAACCAGCGACGUCGAGGCAACAACAUCGAACACAACGGCCUAGCACGACACAUACGCCGCAUCUGGCUAUUCACCCGACUCUGGUUCUUCUGCUAUCUGACCAGCGCCCCCGGGACCUGGAGACGGUAUAUCUUUGUCACUCUAGCCUUGUUGGUCACCUUUUUGUCCGAGACCGAUAUCCCACAGCAAUUCCUCCGAUCGGUUGUGGCGCCUGCUCAGCGUCAUCUGGAAAGCCUGGCACAUGUCGGUGGGCCAUUGGAUCCAUCUGCUCAGGCAACGAACGGGGGUCCGGGACUCAGUCUGUGGGAGCAGAUUCGCCGCCUGGAGCGGUCUGUUGUCCUUCUUGUUGCGAGUUUGAUUCCCGGGCUUGGGGAACGCCAGGUUCAGGCUCGGAAUGAUGCUGAGAGGGCACGCGAGGCUGCGGAGCAAGAACGCGUGCAGCAGGAGGCGGCGGCGCAGAGACAAGCUGAGGGGAAUGAUGGAGGGAGUGGUGAGCAGGGCCAGCAAGAACAGCAGGAACAACAUCAACAGGGUGAACAUCAACACAGCGAACAGGGUCAACAAGGUCAACAGGAUGAACAGGCUGGUCAGAAUGGUGGAUUCGUUGCUCCCCUUCCUGCUCAAACGGGGAACUCGGGCACAGGGGAUGAGUCCGGUAGUGCGUGA